AGCUCAAGGCGGUGCUGCAGUGGAUUAGCUGGCUGCAUUUAUUUAGAGCGCAGGAGCUUCUGCUGGGGUCAGAUCUGCAAGAAUGCAGCACAUCUACAUGCAGAGCAAUGAACAUUUUGAGGUCUUCACCACUGUCUUGGCUCCACAAGCAGGAAGAAAUAGAUACAAAGCAGAAGCUGAAAAGAUGGUGGUGGUGCACAGCUACAGGCCCCACUGGCCAGAUGAGCUGUUCCUAGCUCCAGGUGACGUCAUCAUGGUGGUAUCCAAGCAUGAGGAGGGGAGGUGGUUUGGGCGGCUGCAGGAGGGCCAGUGGGGAUACUUCCCUGCUUCAUGUGUGAUGGAGCUGGGCCAGUCAAACCUGCCGACUAAAGCCCUGCAGAGAAGCUUAUCCUUGAGGGUGACAUCAGCGGACAGUAAGCAAAGCAGUGGACAUGUCCUACAGGCGUUGAGGAGGGGAAGCAGCAGAGAAGGAGGCGAAGGAACAGGGCUGGAUUGGAGACAGGUUAAGCGUGAGGGCCCCUUCCUGGAGCGGAGGCCCCAAAGCCCUCCGCCUGAAUCCAUGGCCUCCCAACCUAAGAUCCGCAGAUCUUCAAGUUUGCUCCACAGGAUCUUGUCCAAGUGCCGGAGAAAGAGUGAAUGCGAAGGGGCCGCCAAUGGGGCCUUCGAGGGUGACUAAGGAGGGGCCUGCCUUUGUCUUACAGGAGAGGAGAUGACUUUCUAGGAGGUGUUUUUGAGAUUACACGGGAUUCUAAAAAACAGUCUAAUCCCCCUUUUCUGGGUCUAAAGUUGACUUUUCUUGCCUUAGCUCAAUUUCAACAAACAAGCAAGAGAAAAACUGAAAGUAAACAACAAAGUAAACAGCUAUUGUGCUGCACUUUAUAUAUAAAGGAAAAUAGCAAUCAUUUGGCACGAAGCAGUAAGCACCACAAGGAAAGCUUAAUUAAAAAAAUUAUUCUCUUCCUUUAGCAGCUUUGCAAAUCAGAUUGCAAUUUGAUCUGGACUUUGACAGGAACCAUCAUCACUAAAAACCCUAACUUUGAUCCAAACCAAGGCUUCACUAAUUCAGGAUAAUGUAAUUUUUACCUACAUUUGCAAUGAUGGGGCUAUUAUUUUUAAGUUUUCCUUUAUCACCCUAGUCCAAACUACUGUUUCUAAGCUUUAGCAACUCCACAAACAAGAAACUACCACAGUUACAGGCACUGUGUACCUUAAAACAUAUGAAAAAAAGCAACCCCACAGCAUGCUGCUACCACCACUGUGUUUUACAAUUGGUGGCGGAUGGGGAUAUCAUUAGGAUCUGCUUUAUUUGUUCUUCCUGCACCGGAUUUUUCGCUGUAGGUCAGAGAAACCAAACUUUAACCAGAGUGGUGUCUUCCAAACAUCUCGUUAUGAAAGAGCAAUGGAGAAAAAGACAUACGCCUCGCCAUCCCUGUUCUUUUUAAAGGGAACGCCGUAUGAUCCUGCCUCAAACACAUCUGAGUCAAAAUUAGGAGCAAAGUAAUGAUUGAAAACUGAAACCUCAUUUGAUGCCUUCUACAUGAAGGGUAAAUGGUAGAUAUCCCCGAUCUUCUAGUUUUCUGGUGCUUUCUUGCGGUAA